AUGAAUGAAAGGGAGUCUAUUACAGCUUACGCUCACUCUAUUAAAAAACUCAAAAAAGAGUGUUCUGAUAAAGGUCUCAGUGAAGAUGAAUUUAGAAAACUGUAUUUUGAGUCUUUAAACACGAUAGAAGAAGGAGAUAAUAAGCUAUCAAACAUCUCUAGAAGUUUCGUUACAAAGCGAAAGUUUCUGUUAAUUCUUCUUCUUAUCCUUACAAUAUAUAGUAUUAAAUAUAUAUGCUGUAAUGUUUUAUGUAACCUUCAAGAACUUAUUUAUCCUGGACUUAGGCUGAUUAGACAAAUAUCUAUUCCCUUUAUAUCACUUUUUCCUGCAUUAACUGAAUUGUAUCAGGAACCAUGCCUAAUACAAAACCCCUUCUAUACUAUAAUAGACAUGGAUUGCUGGCCUUGCAGUACUGUCACCAAUGUUCAUCAAAUUUAUGAUCCUCAGCCACUUCACCAACAGCAUGCUGCACCUUUUAUUUAUGAGACUGACCAAGAGCAAGUAGAUACGAAAAAAUUAAGGAAUUUAUAUUUUCGGAAUAAGGAACUGUUUGACAAAGAAUCAUCCAAAAUUGUUAUGAAUAACAAAUUUCAUUUAGCACCAUCUAAUGUUUUUCAAAACCAGCAAGAUAUAGAAGAUAGAAAUUUAUAUGUCUGGAAAAUAAAUAAUUUAAACCUGGCAAGAAUAUUACGGCAGUUAAUACCAAGAGCAAAAGUAGUGCCAAAAUUUGGGCAAAGUACUGAAAGAUUCAUCAUUAUUGAUUCAAGUCACAGUGACUUUAACAUUCCAGAUACAGAAUGUAACUUUGCUUUCUUAUUGGUCUUAAGUGGAACCAGGACAGUUACUCUGUAUCCAGCAGAAGAAUGCAAACAUCAGUGCAAAUCAAUAGAGGUUGAUUUAAAAGAGUCCUAUUUAUUGUGGUAUAAUUGGUGGUAUUGGAGACCAGUAGUUCAACAAUCAAAUGGGAAUUCAACUUUUGUUGCACAUGUGGGCUCUUAUUGUUAA